UCUGGCACGACAGUGGGUACCGAGUCAUCUGGCACGACAGCGGGCACCGAGCCAUCUGGCACGACAGCGGGCACCGAGCCAUCUGGCACGACAGCGGGCACCGAGUCAUCUGGCAAAACAGCGGGCCCCGAGUCAUCUGGCAGAACAGCGGGCACCAAGUCAUCUGGCAGAACAGCGGGCACCGAGCCAUCUAGCAGAACCGCGGGCACUGGGUCACCAAGCUCGACAGCGGGCAACGAGACAUCUGGCAGGACAGCGGGCACCGAGUCAUCUGGCACGACAGCGGGCACCGAGCCAUCUGGCACGACAGCGGGCACCGAGCCAUCUAGC